CUUCCCGGCAUGCAGCGCGCCGCCCGUCCCCAGUGGGCCGCCAUGUUGUCGGAGUGAAAGGCAGGGGGAGAGGCAGGCGGCGAGCGGCCUGGGGGGGGCCGAGAUCCAGCUUCAUCCUACCGCUCCGCCCGUGUUGGUGGAAUGAGCGUUGCGUGUGUGUUGAAGAGAAAAGCAGUGCUCUGGCAGGACUCGUUCAGCCCCCACCUGAAACAGCACGCUCAAGAUACAGCUAAUCCCAACAUGCCUGUUGUAUUGACAUCUGGAACAGGGUCCCAGGCUCAGCCACAGCCAGCUGCAAACCAGGCUCUUGCAGCAGGGACGCACUCCAGUCCUGUUCCUGGAUCCAUAGGAGUUGCAGGCCGCUCCCAGGACGACGCCAUGGUGGAUUACUUCUUUCAGAGGCAGCAUGGUGAGCAGCUUGGGGGAGGAGGAAGUGGUGGAGGCGGCUAUAAUAACAGCAAACAUCGCUGGCCUACUGGGGAUAACAUUCAUGCAGAACAUCAGGUGCGUUCUAUGGAUGAGCUGAACCAUGAUUUUCAAGCGCUUGCUCUGGAAGGACGGGCUAUGGGAGAGCAGCUGUUGCCGGGUAAAAAGUUUUGGGAAUCUGAUGAUUCCAGCAAAGAUGGACCAAAAGGGAUAUUUCUGGGAGAUCAGUGGAGAGACAGUGCUUGGGGAACAUCAGAUCACUCUGUUUCCCAACCAAUUAUGGUUCAGAGAAGACCUGGUCAGGGCUUUCAUGUGAAUAGUGAAGUCAACUCAGUGCUUUCACCACGGUCAGAGAGUGGAGGACUUGGAGUUAGCAUGGUGGAAUAUGUGUUGAGCUCAUCUCCUGGAGAUUCCUGCCUAAGGAAAGGAGGAUUUGGGCCAAGGGAUGCAGAGAAUGAUGAGAAUGACAAAGGGGAUAAGAAAAAUAAGGGCACAUUUGAUGGCGAUAAAUUAGGAGAUCUGAAGGAGGAGGGAGAUGUGAUGGAUAAAACAAACGGUUUGCCUGUGCAGAACGGAAUUGACACAGAUGUCAAAGACUUCAGCCGUACACCUGGUAAUUGCCAGAACUCUGCUAGUGAAGUAGAUCUUCUGGGUCCAAAUCAGAAUGGAUCUGAGGGCUUAGCCCAGCUGGCGAGUACUAAUGGUGCCAAGCCCGUGGAGGAUUUUUCCAACAUAGAGUCACAAAGCGUUCCCCUGGAUCCCAUGGAGCACGUUGGCAUGGAGCCUCUGCAGUUUGAUUAUUCUGGAACCCAGGUACCUGUGGACUCAGCUGCAGCCACCGUGGGGCUCUUCGAUUACAAUUCCCAGCAGCAGUUGUUCCAAAGACCGAAUGCACUUGCUGUUCAGCAGCUAACAGCAGCCCAGCAGCAGCAGUAUGCAUUGGCAGCUGCCCAUCAGCCUCACAUAGGUGUGUUUUCAGCAGGUCUGGCUCCUGCUGCCUUUGUCCCCAAUCCGUACAUCAUCAGCGCUGCUCCUCCAGGGACGGAUCCGUACGCAGCCGGGCUCGCCGCAGCUGCCACAUUAGGCCCUGCAGUUGUCCCUCACCAGUACUACGGAGUUACACCCUGGGGAGUUUAUCCUGCCAGCCUCUUCCAGCAGCAAGCUGCAGCAGCUGCUGCUGCCACUAACUCAGCAAAUCAGCAGACCACUCAGCAAACCCAGCAGGGCCAGCAACAGGUUCUACGUGGAGGAGCCAGUCAGCGUCCUUUGACCCCAAACCAGAACCAGCAGGGACAGCAAACUGAUCCUCUGGUGGCUGCUGCCGCCGUCAACUCUGCCCUUGCCUUUGGACAAGGGCUGGCAGCAGGAAUGCCAGGGUACCCUGUGCUGGCUCCUGCUGCCUACUAUGACCAAACUGGUGCUCUCGUGGUGAAUGCGGGGGCCAGGAACGGCCUGGGGGCUCCCGUGCGCCUGGUGGCCCCUGCGCCAGUCAUCAUCAGCUCCUCUGCAGCACAGGCAGCAGUUGCAGCAGCAGCAGCUUCAGCCAACGGUGCUGCUGGGGGCCUGGCAGGAACCACCAACGGCCCCUUCCGCCCCCUGGGAACGCAGCAGCCCCAGCCUCAGCCGCAGCAGCAGCCCACCAACAACCUGGCCUCCAGCUCGUUUUAUGGCAACAACUCACUCAGCAGCAAUUCCCAGAGCAGCUCCCUCUUUUCUCAGGGCUCCGCCCAGCCUGCCAACACCUCGCUGGGCUUUGGGAGCAGCAGCUCCCUCGGUGCCACGCUGGGGUCUGCACUGGGAGGCUUCGGGACGGCAGUGGCUAACUCCAACACUGGCAGCGGCUCUCGCCGGGAUUCCCUGACAGGGAGCAGUGACCUGUACAAGAGGACAUCCAGCAGUUUGACACCUAUAGGACACAGUUUUUACAAUGGCCUCGGGUUUUCCUCCUCUCCUGGACCUGUGGGUAUGCCUCUGCCCAGCCAAGGACCUGGCCACUCUCAGACCCCACCACCUUCCUUAUCUUCACACGGAUCUUCUUCCAGUCUGAACCUGGGAGGGCUCACGAAUGGAAGCGGCCGUUACAUCUCUGCUGCUCCUGGGGCUGAGGCCAAGUACCGCAGUGCCAGCAGCGCCUCCAGCCUCUUCAGCCCCAGCAGCACGCUGUUCCCCUCGUCUCGCCUGCGCUACGGCAUGUCUGACGUGAUGCCCUCCGGCCGCAGCAGGCUGCUCGAGGACUUCCGCAACAACCGGUACCCCAACUUACAGCUGAGGGAGAUUGCUGGGCACAUCAUGGAGUUCUCCCAGGACCAGCAUGGAUCCAGGUUUAUUCAGCUGAAACUGGAGCGUGCUACCCCAGCAGAACGUCAGCUUGUGUUCAACGAGAUCCUGCAGGCAGCUUAUCAGUUGAUGGUGGACGUAUUUGGAAAUUAUGUCAUCCAGAAGUUCUUUGAAUUUGGCAGCCUGGAGCAAAAGUUAGCCUUGGCAGAACGUAUCCGUGGGCAUGUUCUGUCCCUGGCUUUGCAGAUGUAUGGAUGUAGGGUGAUCCAGAAGGCCCUCGAGUUUAUUCCCCCAGACCAGCAGGUAAUUAACGAGAUGGUGCGGGAGCUGGAUGGCCACGUCCUGAAGUGUGUAAAAGACCAGAACGGUAAUCAUGUGGUGCAGAAGUGUAUUGAGUGUGUGCAGCCUCAGUCCCUGCAGUUUAUCAUUGAUGCAUUUAAGGGACAGGUCUUUGCGUUGUCCACACACCCGUACGGCUGCCGUGUGAUUCAGAGGAUCCUCGAGCACUGUCUUCCUGAGCAGACUCUGCCCAUCUUGGAGGAGCUUCACCAGCACACUGAGCAGCUUGUGCAGGAUCAGUAUGGGAACUAUGUUAUCCAGCAUGUACUCGAGCAUGGCCGGCCUGAGGACAAGAGCAAGAUUGUAGCAGAAAUUAGAGGCAACGUGCUUGUCUUGAGUCAACAUAAAUUUGCCAGCAACGUCGUGGAGAAGUGUGUGACCCACGCCUCCCGUACGGAGCGCGCCAUGUUGAUCGACGAGGUGUGCACUAUGAACGAUGGCCCUCACAGUGCCUUAUACACCAUGAUGAAGGAUCAGUACGCCAACUACGUGGUGCAGAAGAUGAUCGAUGUGGCAGAACCGGCACAGAGGAAGAUCGUCAUGCACAAGAUCCGGCCCCACAUCGCCACCCUGCGCAAGUACACCUACGGCAAGCACAUCCUGGCCAAGCUGGAGAAAUACUACAUGAAGAACGGCGUGGACCUGGGGCCCAUCUGCGGGCCUCCCAAUGGCAUCAUCUGAGGCAGCCGGCAGCCAGCAGCAAGCGGCGCGGUUGCUGAACUACUAAAAGAAGAAGAAGAAAAAAAAGCCUUUGUAAAUUUCUUUAAUUUUAUUAUGCAUAACAUGUACUAAUUAUUUUUUUUAAUUAACUGAUUGCCCUGCUGUUUUACUGGUGUAUAGAAUACUUGUACAUAGGUAUCAAAUGUACAUGGAAGGCCACAUUUUUGUUCACUGUUGUAUCUAUAUUCCAAAUGUGGAAACUUUCAGGGUGGUUGGUUUGAAGUACAAACAAAACACGACGUUUUUAAUCCAUCUGCCUUGCAGGCAACUCUUUGCAGAUACCCCUUGUUCUCCUCUGACUCAGAAGUCAGCAACAAGUUUGGGUUUUAGUUGAGCGGCGCGAGGGACGCAUUAAAUGCUGUUAUAAAUAGGGAGAAAAGAAAAACCGACUCGCUGUGGAGCUUCAGUUUAAAGAGAAUUAAGUUUCUGAAACUUUUUAAUGGCUUUAUUUUUGGGUUCCUUUUGUUUUAUCUGUAACUUGCUAACGGAGGUAGCGUAGAGCUCGUCUGGGCAGGAGGGGGCACGGCCAGGAGGGGUUUGGAGCCGGGGGGCGGGCGUCCUUCACUGCCUGCUCGGUUGUCCUGCUCACGGGGAGAGACACCAUUUGAUCAUUUAGCAUGAGGAAAACAAACCCAACUCGGCUUUGGUCUUGCUUCUAUAAAUAUAUAGUGUAUACUUGGUGUAGACUUUACAUAUAUAAAAAUUUGUAGUAUUUUCUUGUUUUGAUGUCUGAUCUGUAUCUAUAAUGUACCCUAGUAGUGGAACAUACUUCUGACUGUACAAUUGUACAUUUGUAAACCUCUGUAAUGUAAAUGUGGAGAAGUUUGAAUCGACAUAAACCCGUUUUUUGGUAAGAAAAAAAAAAAGAAUUAGCAAAACCUGUGCAUUUCAGUGUAUAUUCACACCUUUUAUGGUCGUAGCAUAUAGUGUUGUAUAUUGUAAAUUGUAAUUUCAACCAGAAGUAAAUUUUUUCUUUUGAAGGAAAUGUUCUCUUUAUACAGCCUAGUUAAUGUUUAAAAAGAUGCUUGGUUUUAUUUGUCACCUAGUUGAGCGGUAGCGAUCCUUUCUAAAUGUUCUGCAAAACAAUUCAGUUCAGAAUAGUGUUUUUUUGACUCUUACAAAGUAAUGUUUUGCUUAUUUUGUGACAGUAAGAAACGAAAAGUGCAAAAGUACAGAACCCCCCCUAGUUUUCCUUACAAUCAGAACCCCUUUUCACCUUGUAAAGUGUGAAUCACCUCCCCUUUUUGUACAGAAGAUGAACUGUAUUUUGCAUUUUGUCUACUUGUAAGUGAAUGUAACAUACUGUCAAUUUUCCUUGUUUGAAUAUAGAAUUGUAACACUACACGGUGUACAUUUACAGAGCCUUGUGUAUAUUUCCAAUGAACUUUUUUGCAAGCACACUUGUAACCAUAUGUGUAUAAUUAACAAACCUGUGUAUGCUUAUGCCUGGGCGACUAUUUUUUGUAACUCUUGUGUAGAUUGUCUCUAAACAACGUGUGAUCUUUAUUUUGAAAAAUACAGAACUUUGGAAUCUGG